GCGCUAAUGUCGACCUGCUAAUCGCCUGGAUUUUCGUUGCGAUUCGCCACCAUGGCCAUCACCACGGAGGUCCUAAUCCUUUCCUCCUCGCCGGAGCACAAUCCUGUUCGUACGCCAGCACCACCUGCGUACAAUCCCGAGAAGCUAUUCGGGCUGUCUCCGAUUGACACCUCCACGACACCGCUACAGUCUCCAUCGGAGCUGUUUCAGCCUCCGACGCACUCCAGAUUUUUCAAGAUCAAAAAACAGGUCGAUGGACCAUACCAGAAGAAAGUCAACAAGACGCCUAAUACCUCGACCAAUGAUGAGUCAGCUGUGCUAGCGAUCGACGGAGAACCUGUCGCAGAGAAACCGAAGCGAAGGGGUAGACCGAGGAAAGAGCUGACGAAAGCUCCUGGGGAGUCGGAGCCUAUUGUCGCGGGCAAGAAAAAGGACGCUUCGAAAAAGUCAACAACAGGCGCCCCGAAGAAACGCGAAACGACAACGAAGCGCUCGACACCGGCAAACAGAACUAUUUCAGGAAGGAUUGCGAAGGCAGGCAGUUCACAGCCCAAGGGAGCCAAAGAGCAGGAUAAUUGCCCAUCAACGCCGCGGGCUUCCUCAGCACCGAAGGCUACCGAAGCGCUCGAAUGGGAUGACGAUGGCCUACAGCUAGAACAAGCAAUGGCGAGGAGACUGGACUGGACGCCCACACAAAAUAAGACCAAGCAGAUCAUUGAGUUGGAUGGCAGGCCAGGGUCGGAUGACAAUGGGAGUGGUUUCGGUAACUUGCUCUCUGAAUAUGGCUUCAAUGGGGCUACUGCUCCUGCAAGCGACUAUGUGGCUUCCGAGGAUGGCGGGCCAACAAAACGGAGGCGAAUAGAGCUAGUUGAUCCUGGAGUAUAUCCUGCUCCUAAGCAAAGCGCUAUCAACAUCGAUGGAAAGAACAACACAGGGAAUGAGCCUCAUAAUCCAACAUCAGCUGCGCAGAAGAAACCAAAGAAGCGUGCCACUAAAUUUACCACACUCACUGCCCGCGUGACAGCGAAGUAUCUCAACGAAUCUGCAGAAAGCUCGGAUAUUGUGGACGAAGGAACUACAACCGUUGAAGGUAAUUCGACAACAAAGCCCAGGGGUUCAAGGUCCAAGAAAAAGGGCCAACAAAGCUCGAAGUCCCGUGGACCCGAAUUCGUGGUACUCUCUCCUGAAGAAGCCGCCAAGUCCCUUGAAGACCAGGAGCUUAUAUUUGGAACAUGCAGCCAGCUGGAGCGGGAGGACUCUCCUAUAACAAUACGAGAGUUGCAGGCAGCAAUUCAUGAGUCAGAACAGAGUAUGAUGUCGGAAGUCAAUGGCCGUCCCUACCAGGGGUUGAGCAAGGGAACCUCAUCUGCGGUAUCGCGUUUCACAGGCUCAGGAAACUUAUGGUCCGUUGCAUCUCGUGAUGUCGACGGCUCACUAAUGCAGGUGGAAGUCGUGGACUUGUUGGAUUCACCUGAUAGAUCCGACCCUGUCGCUUUGGGCGAACACCUCAGCAAAGACAGAACAGAUACUGCGACUGAAUGUAAUGGCAGCCCCAGCAACCCUAUCCAGAAGGAUAUCGGCGAGCCAGAAGCUACUUCGACCGUGUGCGAUGAACCGUCUACUUUACCUACUCAGCCCACACAGACAGGGAAUAAGAGUACUGAAAACACUACUUCGCAAGCACCAAAGCCCCGCCCUCGGAUGCCACAGUAUAGCGACUUCACAGAUGCCCAGCUAUCGAAGCAGAUUGCCAAAUACGGGUUCAAGCCGAUCAAGGGCCGGAAAAGGAUGAUCGAACUGCUCCAAAAAUGCUGGGAGGCGAAGAACGGCAUAAGCUCGCAACCAAACGAUGAGAAUCCCCAGCAACACCCGCCUGCUGAUAAAGUGUCGGAAGCCGUUCCUUCACCGUCGAAACCAAACCAUAGAACAACAGGAAAAAACACCGCACGGAAAACCAAUACAAACUCAAGGGGCAAAGCUCAAUCCCGCACGCCGUCAACGAUAACAGAAGAUGCUCCCUCAGCAAUGGCCGUCAAUAGCAAGAAAACCACUUCCCUUCCACCUUCAACGUCACUGAGCAACACCCCAAAACCAAAACCUACACAAACUCCCAGCAAGACACCAAAAUAUUCAUUCGCAGACGUAGAAGAAAUCGAAGACUCAGAAGACGAAGCAGUCCCCUCCCCUAGCCGCCUUCAGAACCGACUCCUCCAACACACCACCACAAUACCCAAGCCCUCUCUCCCCACCUCCCACCUACCAUCCAGUCCCAGCCGCCUCACCUCCAGAACCAAUUCCACACACAUCACCACAACGUCAACAGAAAACAACCCUCUCCCAAACCUCUCCGACCAAAUCACCAAAGCCAUCCGCGCACAGCCCCGAUUAACAGCCCCCCGACCCGGACCCACCUGGCACGAGAAAAUCCUCAUGUACGACCCAAUCCCACUCGAAGAAUUCACGACAUGGUUAAACACAGAGGGCUUGAGCCUCAUCAACGAGGACCGCGAAGUCGGCGCCGGCUUCGUACGAAGAUGGUGCGAAAGCAAAGGUAUUUGUUGCUGCUAUCGACCCAAGAAAAAGGACGAUUCAAAAUAAGAUGCCGGCCAUCUCUACAUUGAGUACGAAGCAAACAUAGCAUCUUAUUCUUUGGAUAUCAGUUAUUGUGUUGGGUAUAAAAUAAAACGAUGAAUAGGAAGGGAAGGGGGGUAUGGUGCUAGUGUACUAGUAGUUUGAUUUGGAGUUGAUCUCGGCCGGCUUAGGGCUUGGUGGUUGGUGGUUGGGUUAUUCUGGACUUCUUCCGUUUGUACGGUACUUAUUUGGCUUCUUGUAUACCCCACAACUUUCUACUUCUAACAAUCC